UGGCAAUGCGCUGACAGCUGCGCACAACAACUGAAAUUCGUCUACCAUAAAUUUCCUGGUAAAGUAUUCGGAGUAGAUUCACAAACAGUACGUGUAAAUCGUUCUGGUUAUAUUUACAGUUAUUGCUCACGGACAAUAUUAUUAAGGAACAGUAGAAAUGUCAGUGCUGAAUCAAAUAGGAGAAGAACAAGUAGAAUGCCCAUUAUGUAUGGAACCGUUGGAGGUUGAUGAUUUAACUUUUUUUCCAUGUACUUGUGGAUAUCAGAUUUGUAGGUUUUGUUGGCACAGGAUCAGAACAGAUGAAAAUGGUUUGUGCCCUGCUUGUCGUAAAGCCUAUCCUGAAGAUCCUGCUGAUUUUAAACCUUUGACGCAAGAGGAAGUUGCCAAACUAAAGGCUGAAAAAAGACAGAAGGACCAACAAAGGAAACAAAAAAUUUCAGAAAAUCGGAAACAUUUAGCUAAUGUCCGUGUUGUACAAAAGAAUUUAGUAUUUGUUGUUGGUCUUCCCAUGAGAUUAGCAGACCCUGAGAUGUUAAAAAAACAUGAAUAUUUUGGGAAAUUUGGCAAAAUUCAUAAAGUUGUGAUAAAUCAAAGCACAUCAUAUGCUGGUUCUCAGGGUCCAAGUGCUAGUGCAUAUGUAACUUAUCAGAAGAGUGAUGAUGCCUUAAGAGCAAUUCAGUCUGUAAAUAAUAUAGUAGUAGACGGGCGGACAGUCAAAACUUCUUUAGGUACAACCAAAUACUGUUCACAUUUCAUGAAAAACCAGCCAUGUCCAAAAGCCGACUGUAUGUACCUACAUGAACUUGGUGAUCCAGAAGCAAGUUUUACUAAAGAAGAAAUGCAACAAGGAAAACAUCAAGAGUAUGAAAAGAAAUUACAUGAGCAGUUGCUAUCUACAUCACUUAGUCGGAAACCAACUCCUUCUCCACCAACAGUUUCUGUACAACAAAGCUGUAAAGAAGCGUGGCCUUCUCUGCAUCCUAAUCAUCAAAAUCCAUCAGUUAUAGUUGGAGUUGCUCCGUCUUCAUCGCCUCCAGAUUCAUUAAAUCCUUUGAACAGCAGCUUUAAGCCUGAUCAUAGAAAACAAAAUAAUUUUGUGAAACUUAAAAGUAGGAACUGUUCUGAAGACAACAGAAAGCAGAAAGAGGUGGGGAUUAGCUCAACUAACCAUAUACAAGAAUCUUUUGGUGAUAUAAGCUCAGAAACUAAUGGAAUACUUCAUAACAGUGAUAUAUCUGACAAUAAAAGUGAAGUGUACAAUGAAGUUAUGAAAGAAGGUAGUGUUUAUUUGGAACAUAAUGGCAGUGAUGUUAUUCAAAAUCAUCCUAACGAAUUUAUGAACCACAAUGGAGACAACAGUUACAAAGACAUUAGUGAAUUCCCGUAUUGUCGUAAUUUUAAUGCUGGUUACAGAUCAAGAAAUGGAGAAACUUCUGCUCAUUCACCAAAUGUUAUAAGACAAAAUACACAACAAACAGUUACCAAUUGGCAUUUAAAUGGUUUAUCAACACAAACACCUGACCUAUUACCAAAUCCGAGCUCAUCUGAAAAUUGGCAACAAACAUUCAAUGGAUAUUCCAGUAAAAGUCACAAUGAAGACCAUCAUUGUAUUAGGGAUGAUGAUCUUGGGUUUGAUCCGUUUCAUGAAACACAAAAAGCAUUAGCAGAAAUGAUAGAGAAAGAAGAACAGCAUGGAUAUCAACCAAAGCUUCGAAUGCAUCACAAUAAUAGGUUGAACAAUUGUACAAAACUGUUGGAAGGCUUGCGAAUUGGAACUACAGUGCCUCAUUCCCGACCCCCACCCCCAGGUUUUACAUCGACACCCAACCACAUGAAUGCGUUUGGCCUUGGUAUUCCACGUACAGGAAGUAAAAUACUACCAUUUCUUCACCCAACAGUUGCCUUUCCACAACACACAUCUCAUCAGCCCCCUGCUUGGGAUUGGCCAUUAUUAGAUCCAGCAAUAGUUACAUCUGCACAACACUGUGAUUUAUACACAACAAAUCCUCCACCAGGAUUUUCUACAAUAAGACAAACGUUGGAUAAUUUAUAGCCUGAUGUGAGGAUGGAAGAAACCUGGGCAUAGGAGAUGGCAGACUGAAGUCUAAAAUUAAAUAUCUUGUUGUGCGCUUAUAAUCAAAUGGGUUGCUAAAUUAUUAUCGAAACUAAUAAUUGGUUGUAUCUCAUAUAAAUUCAGACUUUUUUGUUUAUGUAUAUUAGCAUUGCAUUUAAUUUGUUGUAAAUGAAAACACUCCAUGUUAUUUGUUAUAAAUUAUUUAUUGUAAAGAAAUUUUAUUUUAGUCUAAAAGACUUAAUAUUAUGUAUUGCCAUAUUCUGAUUUUGUUAUUAUAGUUUUUGUAUAAAUUUAUUAUAAGUAAAAACUAUGUCAGAAGUAUUUAUUGUCUACAAGGAUAUGUGCACAAAUAGUCAUCUAUUAUACAUUUGGCUCUUAAAAAUAAUUAUCAUUAAAUAUAGCUUAUGCCAAUGAUGUGCAUUAUUUUCAUAUGAAAUUUGUGAUCUGUCUAAAUUUCUCAUUCAUUUGUUCGAAUUAAAUGCAUUGCUUUUUUGUAGCAGAAAGUUUAAAAACUUUUUUUAUAAAUUGCAAUGCUUUAAUUCUUUGUGAUUUUACUAUUUAAGAAUGAACUGGAUUGUAAGCCUUUUGAUUAUAUUCAAAUGUUAGCAUUAAUUCGCUAUAUAUUAUAUUUAUAAAUAAAUUAGGUCUCCAUUCUUCCAAGUGUCUUUCUCCAAUAUAUAUUCAAACUAUAGUAUUAAACAUAUAUAUAUAUAAAUAUAUAAUUAUAAAUAGAGAGAAAUAUAUAAGAUCGAUUAUGGAUUCAGAUCCAUGUUAAAUUACAA